ACACAGUGGGUUAAGCCGGGCUCCGUGUGCGAGUUUAGUGACGUUGCGCUUGCUUUUUGUUAUUUUACAGCAGUUUCCCAGCCCCGGGCCUGUUUUAACGAUCACACACCUGAAUCGUGGCGAGCCGUCCAGGAUGCUGAAGCAGGCAGGAGAGCACCAGCAGCAGAACUGCGAGCCUAACUGGUAUCCCAGUGGUGCGGCUGAGGGUGAGGUGCUGCGGGCUGGCGGGCUGGCGGGUGGCGCUCUCCGCGCUCCGCGGCUAUAAAGGCCCGGCGCUCACUCGCUCGCUCUCACUCCGCUGUAGGAUGUUAUCACGCGAAGCUCCACACCUCCCCACAGAAGACCUGACAGCUCCGUGAUGAAUGUGCUUCUUUCUCUGAGGAGAUACGACAUGUGUCCACAAGACAUGCUGCUUUUUCGUGGCUCUCGGCUCUUCUGUAUCUCCAGCUCUGGUCCAAGUUUGGAAUUAAUCUGAAGCGCCUCUCUGGUCUCGUCCUCUCCCCCGUCGGACACGCAGUUGCUCUGGAGUAAGAGUGGGAUGGCCAAGGCGUCCUGGGUGAAUUUAGGCGUGUUGCUGUUGAUCGGACUGACCGCUGCGAACGCCGACGGUUUCCCGCCGCUUCCCAAAGACGCUCGCGAGCAGGACGCCACCGCGCAGACGCGGUCCAGCAGCGCCGCGGCCCCGGCUCCGGCGGCGGUGGCGCGCGGGCGACGAACGCGGAGAUGCACGUGCUAUACGUACAAGGACAAGGAGUGUGUUUACUACUGCCACCUGGACAUCAUCUGGAUCAACACCCCGGAGCGCACCGUCCCGUACGGCAUGUCGAGUUACCGAGGCUCGCAGCGCGUGCGGCGCUCUGUGGCAGGUGGGAAGGAGGCGCAGCGCUGCGCGUGUGCUCUGGAGACCGAUUCUGCGUGCAGCAGCUUCUGUACUAAGAGGUGGAAGUCACCAUGACCUUCCGUUCCAGACCAGCUAAACCACAUUGGAAACAUCCCAUCCAUGCAUUCUUCUGUCCUAACAGCUGGAGACUCAUCUUAAGAGUAUGGCUUACCUCUGUCUGAGGAGGAGGAAUUCCAUUAUUCGCGGGAGACCUGAAAGGAAAAAGGAGAGGAACAAUGGAGAUGAUGGAAAUGAGCCAAAGCGAGAUUUGAUGGGAGAGUAUUUAACAGACCAGCCGACUUUAAGCUAACUCGCCGCAUUACGGCAGGUCUUCUGGACCUACGUGGCCACCAAGGCUAACAUUCUGUCUUUGCAAACAGAGGAACUUCCGGAUCGUCAUGACUAACGAUGCACUGGUUUACAUUUCUUUCUUAGCAGUUAUCUGCCCGUGCUUCUGUGACUGUGUGCGAGAUCAGCAGCUGCUAUGAUCUGACUUCCACUGCUUUGGUGAAGUCAUUGAGCCAUUCAGCGAGACAGAUGGUUGCAUACUUCUCAUUCAGAGGUGUUUCUCAUUUCUUACACUGCUUCUGAUUAGACAGCACUUAAAUAUGAACUCAAAGGCUGAGAAACAAAAACGGAGACCUGUACAUAAAGUAAUGCUUUUCAAGCUGUCAAGUAGACCAGCGAUAUACCUGUGAAAAAAAUCUUAUUUUUCAUAAUAUAAUCAUGCGUGUGAUUUUUUUUUUUCCCAUAAUAUAAUUACACGUAAUAUUUUUACUUUAUGUAAAUAUGGACAAUACAUCAAUUACAGGAAUUUGCAUAAAAUAUUUAACACAUUAUUUCAUAGUCAUACAGUCCUAAUGUUUCUAGAUAGUCUCCUUUUAUCUAGAAGGCCUCUGUCUGCAGCAAACUGCAUCUGUGGUCUCUAUAUAAAAGAUAAUUUGGCCUGCGAGGUCAGUUUGAUAAAGAACUCAGAAGGACAGAAGGACUAGCUUUACGUUUGUUGGUCACAUUUGUGGAUUAAAUCGUUAUUUUGCCAUUUAUUAAGCAUCUCGACAUGGUUCUUUAAAAAAUCAAAUAGGGUUCUGUGGAGUAUUGUCAUUGAAGAAUCACUUUUGUUUUCCCAAAGAACCUUUCAGUGGAUGGUUCUUUAAAAAAACCAAAUAGGGUUCUGUGGAGUAUUGUCAUAGAAGAACCACGUUUGGUUUCCCAAAGAACCUUUCAGUGGAUGGUUCUUUAAAAAACCAAAUAGGGUUCUGUGGAGUAUUGUCAUAGAAGAACCACGUUUGGUUUCCCAAAGAACCUUUCAGUGGAUGGUUCUUUAAGGAGCCAAACAGGGUUCUGUGGAGUAUUGUCAUUGAAGAACCACUUUUGUUUUCCCAAAGAACCUUUCAGUGUAUGGUUCUUUAAAAAACCAAAUAGGGUUCUGUGGAGUAUUGUCAUUGAAGAACCACAUUUGGUUUCCCAAAGAACCUUUCAGUGGAUGGUUCUUUAAAAAACCAAAUGGGGUUCUGUGGAGUGUUGUCAUAGAAGAACCACUUUUGUUUUCCCAAUGAGCCUUUCCGUGGAUGGAUCUUUAUGGAACCAAACAGUGUUGUGUGGAGUAUUGUCAUAGAAGAACCACUUUUGGUUUCCCAAAGAACCUUUCAGUGGAUGGAUCUUUAUGGAACCAAACAGGGUUCUGUGGAAUAUUGUAAUUGAAGAGCCAAGUUCCCCAAAGAAGCUUUCAGUAGAUGGUUCUUUUAAAAAAACAUAUAAAGAAGCUGGAUGAGUAUGAAGAACCUUGCUAAGGUGCAAGGACCCUCCACAUGAUGUAAAGGUUCUACACCAUAGAGCCAAGCCAAGAGAGAACCUUAAUUUUUUAGUCUGAAAGCAUGUUCUCACGUUAUUCACGCCAAACACAUUCCCACCCAACCCCUAAAUGGCGAAUUAUCAUUAUUUAUUCAUCUUUCUUUCAGUUUUCAGAGUUUCUGCUCUACUUCUGUGACCAAAGAUGACCCACUUCUUUGAACGUUUGUUCUUUUUUCUGCUUUUUUAUGGCCAGCGCUCAUAUUUAUGUAUAAAACAUGUACAGUACAUCUGUUUAAUAUUAAAUUAAAAUGGUCACUAUUACUAACUUCA